CACAGGGCAGCAGACAUGGCGGGCACAGCUAGCUGUUCGUCGGUCCCCGGUACUAUGGGAUAAGCCGCGGUUUCCCUCCACCCGGGUUACCGCUCGAAGCUGUCCCUUUAACGCGCUUCCACCUGAGCCUGCCCUACGAACAUGGCGGAGUCCGGCGGGGAAGAGUUCGUCUCGCUGGGGCAGAGCAGCAUGGCUGACAAGAACAGCAGCAUGAAAUGCACCUUUUCCGCUCCAGGCCAUAGCACAACCGUUCUGCAGGGACUGACUGCACUACGAGCACAGGGCCUGCUGCUUGAUGUCAUUCUUACCAUAAACAAUGAAGUGUUCCAAGUGCACAAAGUGGUCCUAGCUGCCUGCAGUGACUACUUUAGGGCGAUGUUUACAGGAGGAAUGAGAGAAGCCAGUCAAGAUGUUAUUGAACUUAAAGGAGUAUCUUCUAGAGGACUGCGACAUAUCAUUGAUUUUGCAUACAGUGCGGAAGUUACUCUCGAUCUAGACUGCAUUCAUGAUGUCCUUGGAGCUGCUGUUUUUCUCCAAAUGGUACCUGUUGUGGAACUUUGUGAAGAGUUCCUGAAAUCUGCAAUGAGUGUGGAGACUUGUCUAAAUAUUGGGCAGAUGGCAACAACUUUCAGUCUGGCCUCUCUGAAAGAAUCAGUUGAUUUAUUCACUUUUAAACAUUUUCUUAAAAUUUCUGAGGAAGAAGAUUUUCUUCAUUUGCCUCUGGAACGGCUAGUUUUCUUCCUCCAAAGUAAUAAGUUAAAAAACUGCAGUGAAAUAGAUUUAUUUCAUGCUGCAAUCCGUUGGUUGCAGUUUGACUAUUCCCGACGAGCAAAUGCUAGUCAAGUUCUUUGCCACAUUCGCUUUCCAUUGAUGAAGUCUUCCGAGCUGGUGGACAGUGUUCAGAUUGUGGACAUCAUGGUAGAAGACGUGUUAUGCCGACAGUUUCUGCUUGAGGCCUUCAACUACCAAAUUCUUCCAUUCCGCCAGCAUGAAAUGCAGUCUCGUAGGACCAUUAUUAGGUCAGAUGUAUGCUCACUUAUAACGUUUGGUGGAACGCCUUAUACCGAUAAUGAUCGAACAGUAAGCACUAAAGUAUAUUACUUGCCAGAUCUGACUGCUCGUCAGUUUAAAGAACUCGAUGAAAUGGAGAUUGGUUGUAGCCAUGCUUGUGUUGCAGUCCUGGACAAUUUUGUAUAUGUUGUAGGAGGACAGCAUUUGCAAUAUCGAAGUGGUGAAGGUGCUGUAGAAGUAUGUUUUCGCUAUGACCCUCAUUUAAAUCAGUGGCUGCGAAUUCAACCCAUGCAAGAGAGCAGAAUUCAGUUUCAACUGCAUGUCUUGUAUGGCAUGUUAUUUGCAACUGGGGGAAGAAACAGAUCAGGAAGUUUGGCAUCUGUCGAAAGGUAUUGUCCAAGGAAGAAUGAAUGGACAUAUGUCUGCUCUUUAAAACGCAGAACUUGGGGUCACGCAGGUGCUACACUUCAAGGCAAACUAUAUAUUUCAGGUGGCUAUGGAGUAUCCGUUGAUGACAAGAAAGCCUUGCAUUGUUAUGACCCUUCUUUAGAUCAGUGGGAAUUUAAGACUCCAAUGAAUGAGCCAAGAGUUCUUCAUGCCAUGGUAGGGACCAAGAACAGAAUUUAUGCUUUUGGUGGUAGGAUGGAUCAUGUUGAUCGAUGUUUUGAUGUUUUGGCCGUUGAGUAUUACACUCCAGAGACUGACACGUGGACAACUGUAAGUCCAAUGAGAGCUGGACAAUCAGAAGCAGGAUGCUGUCUUUUAAAGCACAAAAUUUUUAUUGUAGGGGGCUACAACUGGCACUUGAACAAUGUGACUAGCAUUGUACAAGUAUACAAUACAGAAACUGAUGAAUGGGAAAGGGACUUGCAUUUCCCAGAAUCCUUUGCAGGAAUAGCUUGUGCAUCAGUUAUACUACCACAGGUUAAAACUCAGAGCUAACCAAAUAUAACAUUUCACAUGGACUUGAACUCCUCUUUGUAUUGCCCAAAGAACAGAAAACUAAAAAGGUGUUCUAUACCUAAAGAUGCAUUAAAGCCUCUGUGUUCUGCAUACUCAUACCAUCUUUGUCUACACACUGUAUUUCCUGCAAUGUUCAUACAUCACUAAGUAUUGUGCUUUUAUUCUAAAUUAUACUGUGAAACUAAAAGCAAUAAUGCAUACUUGCUAAAGCAGUUAAGGUCUACUUUUUUCUGUAGGUGAAUUUUGCCAUUCCCUUCCUCUCCCUAUAUACUGUACAGUAUAUGCUAUUUGUCUUCCUAUCUAUGGUUUAUAGGUGGCGUCCAGUGAGAAAUUGAUGUCAGCAGGCUCAGAGUGGCUUAAAAAUGUAACAAAACUGAUCCUCACUUCACUAAUCUCUCAGUGCUGCCCAGGUCUCUGCUGUUCUCCACUUCCUUCUAAAGUCUUGGCAUGCAAGAAAUGCUCACUCAGCAAAUCACUGGUCAUGACCCAUCUCAGCUAGUGAUUGGCUACUGUCCAUUUCAUGUGUGUCCAAAGUGGGAGCUGGAAGUUUUGAAUAGCAGAAACUCGGGCAGUGAUAUUGGUUCUUUUACCUUUUUAAGCGACUUUGAGCCCACUGCCAUCAUUUUUUGUCCACACUAGAAAACCACUUUUACUAAUCACCUUGUAUUUCAAUUUUGUUAUGGAUUGUUGUACAUCAUGUCUGAUUAUGACACUUUGAUAUGUAUCUCUUUAUCGAUAGUCAAGCUUUCCCAUUCUGCUACAGUAGAUCUUGCAGAAAAAAUAUUGUUUUAUCAGAGAUCACUUUGUUUGGAGAUUUUUUACUUAGCAUUUUGCUGAACUACAUAAACAGUUAAUCACCAAUAGGUCAAAUUCUACAAUCACUGUAACUGGGAUACUCUAUUAUUGGAUAUUUCCACUAUAUGCUAACCAUUAUUAUGGAAUUUAUAUGAUUAUGAUUUGUUGUUUUGAUUUGUGUCUUUUGAAUAAACAU